AUGGAAGCAGCCUUACCACCUCGAGCAAUGGCUUUGUUUGAACUAAACAUGUUUACAGUCUUGCAAGAUCCACACAAAGACAAUUGGACCCCGACGUCGAGUCCCCCGGCCCUAAACGAGAAACAGUUAUCUAAGAACACUUUAGACUCAACCGUGGGGGAAGUUUCACCCAUUGAUAUGUCGCCCGAUUUUGCUACGAUCAAGGUGCCACCCGAGAUUGCUAUGAUCAAUCAUCCCGCGGGGGACAAUGAAAGCAUCAUUGCUGCUCCCAUCGACUAUCUCCUGGCGUGUUCCGGGAAAAACUUCCGAAACAAACUUCUAAGUAGCUUUAAUCAAUGGCUGCGAGUUCCCGAGGAGAGCCUCAAAGUAAUUACCUCGGUAGUUGAGCUCUUGCACACUGCAUCUUUAUUAAUUGAUGACAUCCAAGAUAUGUCUCUCUUGCGACGAGGCCGUCCUGUCGCUCAUCGGAUCUUUGGGGUUGCUCAAACUAUCAAUUCGGCCAACUACGCCUAUUUCUUGGCCCAGCAGCGACUCUAUGCCCUCAAAGGUCCCAAACCACUUGAGAUUUUCACCGAAGAACUUCUCAAUCUGCAUCGGGGCCAAGGGAUGGACCUGUUCUGGCGGGACUCACUCAAUUGCCCUACCGAAGAGCAGUAUUUAGAGAUGGUGUCGAAUAAGACCGGAGGCCUUUUCCGUCUCGCUAUUCGAUUGUUGCAACUGGAGAGUGAGAGAGAGAAUGACCUUGUUCCCAUCGUUCAUCUAUUGGGAAUCAUCUUCCAGAUCAAAGAUGACUAUCUUAAUCUCUGGUCGGAAGCCUACACCGAUAACAAGGGCUUCUGCGAGGAUAUUACGGAAGGCAAAUUUUCAUUCCCUAUCAUCCACAGCAUUCGAUCCGACAGUGGAAAUAUGCAACUACUACAUAUUCUCAAACAACGCACCACGGACAACGACAUCAAGCUCUUCGCCCGCAAGUAUAUGGAAUCCACUGGGAGUGGUCGGUAUUGCAAGCAGCAAAUCUCCAUCUAUAUGAAGGCCGCAAGGGCGAUUGUAGCAGAAUUGGGGCAAGAGUUAGGGGAAUGUGCAGAGUUGAACGCGGUUUUAGAUUACUUGGAAUUUCAGUAG